GAAAUUCCCUGCCUUGGUCAACUGUACGGUCAUUGACUGGUUCCAACCCUGGCCUAAGGACGCGCUUCGCUCCGUCGGAGAGAAAUUCCUCGCAGAGCUUGGCCCGGCUGAUGGCGAACUACGUGCCGGCGUUGUCGAGUUCCUACCAUUCUCCUUCGAAGCCGUUGGUCAUCAGAGUGAGAAGUUCAUAGAAGUGGAGCGACGGUUUGCAUACACCACCCCUAAGUCGUUCUUGGAAUUGAUCAAACUAUAUACGUCUAUGCUUGGCAAGAAGCUGCAAGCAUUGGAGGAUAAGCAGUACAGACUUUCUAAUGGGCUUGAUAAGCUCAAGGAGACAGCGGAGCAAGUUGCAGGUUUGGAAGAAGUACUGAAGGAGAAGGCUGUGGUGGUUGAACAGAAGGCCAAGGAAGCCGACGCCUUUGCAGAAGAGGUUGGCCGUGAGAAAACUAAAGUCAAUGCCGAGGCAGAAAAGGCCAAUACGGAAUCUAUCGCGUGCGAAGAGAUCGCGAAAAAUGUGAAGAUUCAGCAGAAAAGUUGCGAGGAGGAUUUGGCCAAAGCUAUCCCUUUGGUGGAAAAGGCAGAGGCGGCUCUUGACGUGUUGAAUAAGAAGGAUUUCCAAGAGCUCAAGUCGUUUGCUAAGCCACCAGCAGGCGUGGACAAAGUUUGUGAAGCUUGCAUGCAUCUUAUGGCCGGCAUAGACCCUAGCAUUGAUGUGGACAAGAAGGGGAAGGUUAAGGAUCCUUCUUGGAAGGGCGCGACCAAAAUGAUGGGAAAUCCGGAAAAGUUUUUGGAAAGUUUGAAAGCGUUCAAGGGCGAAAUUGAUGAUAGCAACGUGCCGAAGCAGAAUAUUGAGUACGCCAGGCCGCUCACACAGGCUGAGGAUUUCACGGUGGAGAGCAUGAAGAAAAAAUCUGCGGCAGCUGCUGGCUUGUGCGAAUGGGUUCUCAAUAUCAUCAUGUAA